GACCUGCAGCAGCGUUCAGUGUUGGCGCAGCAGGUGGAGAACCUGAGCCAGCGUGUGAACAACCAUGACGCGCUCAUGACUGGUGAUGGCCCAUCAGUUUUGGCUACAGCGGAACCGGUUGCUCGCCCACAGGAAUGGCAGGUCCAAGCAUCUGGCUCACAGGAGGCGCACAUCACAAGAGCCGAAUGUGCAGCUAUGAUCACAGAGGCCCUCACAGGCAAGGUGGCACCAGCACUUGGAGCUCUUCACAGCCACUUUGGCCCACAGUUCCAGGUCCACAGGCAGCGCAUUGAUCACAUAGAGAGCGAAGUCCAGAAGCUGAAGAUCCGCACUGCUUGGGUGGAAAAAGACGUCAUGUUUUCGCAGAUCGAGGUUGCAAAGAGAACCCUGGUCCUUCGCAAUUUUCCAGAGUGGAUGACUGUGCAGGAUCGAGCGCUCACAGUCAACCAAGCCGUGAGGGAGAUGGGCCUCUCACAUGUUGAGUGGGACCUUACCACCACUCAAAUGGAUGAUGGCCAGGGGGCAAGCAACCGCCUCACAGUCUGGUUCUGGGAGGAGGACAAGACGCAGCCAAGCCAAGGUGAGUCACAGCCUGGAGUUGCAUCCACAGACUCACAGCCUGCGACAGCCAGCUCCUCCAAAGCCAAGAGCUGGAAGAAGUCCUCCUACAAGGGCUCACAGAUCAAGAUGACUCCUGGCAUUACACAAUUUGAGAGGAGAUUGGGGGCUCCCAUGCAUGGCCUGAUGAAUGCUUAUCAGAAGGCCUUCAGGAAGUACCAGAAGGAGAGUCUGGUGCCAAAGUGGAAGACCCUCUUCCUCACAGAUCAGCAGGAUGCCUGGUUGGGAAGAAUCUUGUAUCAGAGGAGGUCCCAAAGCCUCACAGCCACCACAGGCAACCCAGCAGACUGGAUUUGCACAGUGCAGUUGCCAGAAGAGCACAAGGAUGCCAUCCUCACAGCCUGGAAGGAGGUGUGGUAUGAUCAGCUGAGGCAGCAAGUCAACCUCACACAGGUGGAGCAGCAUGCCAUUGACACAGCUGCCAAGUCCACCUCACAGGACUAUGCUGCUGCUGAGAGGUUGAGCCGCUGCCUCACACGCUCCAUUCCUCCAUACAAUGCUGGAGAGGAGGAAGGCAUCGAAAACUGGACCCCUGGGAGCUCCAGUUCGCGUUCCUUCCGGCGAAUCAUGCCGAUCGCCAGUAUUUGA